AUGUCAGUCGGCGCCGUGAGCUCAUCGAACUUCUUUUAUGUUAGUCUUGCGCUUCGUGGCCUGCAGUUUAUCUGUAGCCUUUUGGCUAUGUCUCUCGCGGCCGCUGGCUUCUACGGUGGCGGCGCGACGCACUCAAGCACAUUUGUGCUGCUUAUGGGAUACACGGGGAUGCUGUAUACGUUGUGGUACAUUGUGGCCGUGGAGUUGCUGCGUGUGGCCAAUCGUCCCGCUCUUCGUAUGGAGCAAGCUGUUGACGGUGCGCUAGUUGUGAUGCUGCUCAUUGCCGGCAUUUGCCUUGCCGCUUCCGACUUUACGAGUGAUUGUGGUUUCGGAUGGCGCUGCAACAACUUGCGUGCGGCUACGGCGUUUGACUUCAUUGCUAUGUUCUUCUUUUUUGUGUCGUUGUGUCUAUCGGUCUUUCUGUCCGCUCAACAGCCAUCUCAUGGACACUCCAACGUGCAGGUUGAGGAGCCUGUGCCGUACCAUCAGAACCUGACGCCAACGUCUGGUGCCCUCUCUCCCAUUGGCAACUACAACGAUGUACCCGCUUCCAAGGAGGGCUUUGUUCCCGCAGUCGUCCAGUUUACUUCUACCAGAAAAACGCCCCCGACUUCGGUUGUGCUUGACAAGCGUACCCCGCUUCGCGAGAACCAGUUUACUGGGCAAGGCUACUCGGUGGCUUAUCACCGAUAUCGAGCCAUUAAUAGUGUCAUACCUCCCUUUGUCAAGGAAUUACGUGACAACGGUAAGCCGACCCGGCAGUCCAAGUCAGCCUUAUCAGGCUUAAACGCGGACGAUACAGCCAGUAUCCUCCCUGCUUUUGACGACCAAAGCGACACCAGUGGUCGUUCUGCCAUGGCCGACAACUCUGGGUCGGACAGUGAGCCACAUAGAGGGGACCAUUCUGACCCGGACACCGAUCGACGUACCACGAUAUUGAGGCCGCAAAUGUGGCCUGAUUCAAAUCGGUUCGGCUUCAUGGGAGUAUAUUCAAAUUUCCGGUCAGCUACAUUCAAGUCACCGAUUUUUUUUGCCAGCUCGGAUUAUGAAGGCAAGUCGAAUGGUGUUUAG